CUUUUUAAUACAGAGUACCUUUAACAUGAAGUUGACUCUGACUUUAACAAUUUUCUUAGCAGUUGUAAUUGGAGGUUGCAAUUGCAAGAUUGUGCAAUUCAUCUUUGGAGACUCUCUUUCAGAUGUUGGCAACAACAAUUUCCUCUCCAAAAGCCUUGCUCGCGCCAAUUUGCCAUGGUAUGGUAUUGAUUUUGGGAGUGGAUUACCUAAUGGUAGAUUUUGCAAUGGCCGUACUGUUGCUGAUAUAAUUGGUGAUGAAAUGGGGCUUCCAAGACCACCAGCUUAUCUUGAUCAAUCGUUAACAGAGGAUGUUAUACUAUCUAACGGAGUAAAUUUUGCCUCUGGUGGUGGUGGCAUUCUAAACGAGACAGGCAGUUUAUUUAUACAGAGGCUUUCCUUAUACAAGCAAAUAGAGUUGUUUCAAGGCAUACAAGACUUAAUUAGAGAAAAAAUUGGAAGCAAAGAAGCUAACAAAUUUUUCCAACAAGCAAGAUACGUGGUAGCUCUAGGAAGUAAUGAUUUCAUCAACAAUUACUUAAUGCCAGUUUAUAAAGAUUCAUGGACGUACAAUGACAAAUCUUUCAUCCAGUACUUGAUGGACACUCAAAGGUCACAGCUUACAUUGUUGCAUAGUUUGGGGGCAAGGGAGUUGAUGGUGUUUGGGCUAGGGCCAAUGGGUUGUAUUCCACUUCAAAGGGUUCUAAGUACAGAUGGUCAGUGUCAAGACAAGACUAACCAGCUGGCACUUGCUUUCAACAAAGCAACAAACGAACUUGUCGAAGAAUUGUCAAACACACUUCCAAAUGCUAGCUACAAAUUUGGAGAUGCUUAUGAUGUUGUCAACGAUGUCAUUACUAAUCCCGGCAAUUACGGUUUUAGUAACUCGGAUUCGCCAUGCUGCUCGUUUGGAAAAAUUAGGCCAGCAUUGACGUGUAAUCCAGCAUCGACAUUGUGCAGCGAUAGAAGCAAAUAUGUGUUUUGGGAUGAAUACCACCCUUCUGAUAGUGCUAAUCAGUUAAUUGCUAAAGAGCUUAUCAAGAAACUCGGAUUUUUGAAGCCUAACCAAACUGAUGCUUCUCCUCCUACACCAGCUUUGGGCCCUUCUUCCGAUGAUGAUGAACAAUAGGUU